CUCUUUUAAUGGCCAUUCCUCUGACCAGCUUUAUAAACCACCCGUCUCGUGUUACUGCAAUAUGAGCAAUACCCUCCGCUUUGUCGAUAUUGGAGUAAAUUUGGCUGACAUGAUGUUUCGUGGUGUAUACAAUUGCAGUAAAGCUCAUGAUUCUGAUAUAACUGAAGUUAUUAACCGAGCUUUUGGAAUGGGAAUGACUAAGAUGAUAAUAACUGGCGGAUCAUUAUCUGAGAGCCAAGAGGCUUUAGCCCUAGCUAAAGACGAUGAAAGGCUAUUUUUGUCUGUUGGUUGUCAUCCUACUCGUUGCAAUGAAUUUAAAGAAAAUCAGGAAGAAUACUAUCAGAGUUUGAAAAAAUUGAUUCUGAACAAUCCCUUUAAAGUUGUCGCUGUUGGAGAAUUUGGUUUGGAUUAUGAAAGAACUAAAUUUUGUGAUUCAGAAACACAAAUGAUAUUUUUCCAAAAGCAACUUAAGUUAGCUUAUGAAGUAAAACUCCCGAUGUUUCUUCACUGUCGCGCGGCUCAUAAAGAUCUUGUCGACUCAAUGAAUACCUUCAAAUCAAAAUAUUAUAAUGACUCAACUAUAUUGGCUGGCGUUGUUCAUAGUUUUGAUGGAAGCCUUAUGGAUGCCGAAGAAAUAAUCAAACUUGGCCUUCACAUAGGAAUCAAUGGUUGCAGUCUUAAAACGAAUGAAAAUCUUGAGGUUGUCAAGAAACUACCGUUAGAUAGAUUACUUUUGGAAACAGAUGCGCCUUGGUGCGAGAUCCGACCGACCCAUGCUGUUAUAAAAUCUGGUUUCUUUCCUCAAUCCGGCUUGGCUUGUUAA